AUGGAUGACAGUGGUGCAUGGAUUCAUGGGAAAGAGAAUAUUGCCAAAGAAGCUUGUGAUUAUUACAAAGGGAUUUUUUCUGCUAAUAAUGACAAGAUACAGGAAGAAAUCUUACAAUGUAUCAAUCAUAUGACUACUCAAGAACAAAAUGAUGAGUUAGACAAGAUUCUUACAGACGAUGAAGUGAAAAGGAUUAUUAUGAGUAUGAAUCCUAAUUCUUCCUCUGGCCCUGAUGGAUUUGGAGGCAAAUUUUAUCAAGUGUGUUUUGAAAUUAUUAAAGUUGAUCUUAUGUCUGUUGUUAAGUCUUUUUAUACUGAUAAUCAAUCUGGUUUUGUCAAGGGUAGGAGCAUAUAUGAGAAUAUAAUGUUGGCUCAAGAAAUUAUCCAUGGCAUGAAAUUACCCAAAGAAGGAAGUAAUGUGGUUAUCAAGCUUGAUAUCGUUAAAGCUUAUGAAAGAGUUUCUUGGGCAUAUAUUUGUAUAGUUUUAAGGAAAAUGGGCUUCAGUGAAGUGUUUAUAGACAGAAUUUGGAGGAUUAUGAGCAAUAAUUGGUAUUCUGUGGCUAUCAAUGGUAAGAGACAUGGAUUUUUUCAGUCUAAGAAAGGACUAAAGCAAGGUGAUCCCUUGUCUCGAGCACUAUUUAUUUUAGGGGAUGAAGUUCUUUCAAGACAACUUAAUCUUCUUUACCAAAACCAAAUGUAUAGAGGAUUUCAUAUGGAAAGCAAUGGGACUCAAAUAAAUCAUCUUAGCUCUGCAGAUGACAUAAUUAUUUUCACUUCCACUGAUAUUAAUUCUCUUCGCCUGAUAAUGAAGACUAUUGAAGAGUAUGAAGGGGUAUCUGGUCAGCAAGUGAAUAAAGAUAAGAGUUUCUUUAUGGUGACUUCCAACACUAAUCAUGUUAUUAUUGAUAAUAUUGAAAGAGCUACUGGUUUUUGUAGGAAGGAGAGUCCUAUCAACUAUCUGGGGUGUCCAUUAUAUAUUGGACGGCAAAGAAUUAUCUAUUAUUCAGGGGUUGUAGAAAAAGAGAUCAAAAGAAUUUUAGGAUGGCAAGCAAAGAUUUUAAUCUUUGAAGGCAAAGCCACUUUGGUAAAGCAUGUAUUGCAAUCUAUUCCAUUUCAUACUCUAGUAGCUAUUUCUCCUCCUAAGACUACUCUAAAAUGUAUUAAGAAGGUUAUUGCUGAUUUCUUUUGGGGUACUGACAAGGAUAGGAAGAAAUAUCAUUGGUCUUCUUGGGAAAAUCUGGCUUAUCCCAUUAAUGAAGAAGGCAUUGGUGUAAGGCAAUUGGAAGAUGUUUGUACCGCUUUUCAAUACAAACAGUGGUGGGAAUUUAUAACCAAAAAUUCUUUGUGGAGUCAAUUCUUAAAAGCCAAAUACUGUCAAAGAGCCAAUCCUAUGGCAAAAAAAUAUGAUUCUAGGGAUUCUAUUUUUGGAGAUAUUUAA